UCUUUGUGCAGGACGCAAGCCGUAUUCAUGCAAAUUGGUACAUGGGCUACCUCUUACUUCACGAUCGCUAUCGCACUUCACACGUGCAACUCUCUCAUUUUUGGCGUUGCGAGAACACGCUGGCUCAGUCGCGUUGUUAUCAGUCUGGGAUGGGCCAUCUCUAUCGUGGCAGGUAUAGCACCUUUUAGCAACGAUGCCAUAUAUGGACCAGCAGGAGCUAUCUGUGGUGUCACCCAUGGUUUCAGCCAGUAUACAUUUGUUCUCGAGGCUCUCCCGCUAAUUCUGGGCGAUGUCGCCUCCGGUGUAUUGUACUCCACAAUUUUCCUCGUUCACCGUGGAAAUCUUCGUGUCAAGGGCGGGCUCAGGUUUUUCAAGACGAGCUCCUCGCGCCGUAGUGCACUCGAGGAUAUUGAGGAAUACCAGAGCUUCAUUGGGGCUGUUGCAAGUACUUUGUUGUGGUACCCGAUAGCGUACGCCGCGUUGUUAUUGCCUCACCUUGCCAUCGCCAUCCGUUCAAUGACCAGCACUGUUCCUUUCAACGUGGCUGUGUUUGCCCACAUCUGCUGUUUCCUGCUUGGCAAGUUCUUAUCCUUGUCGGGUCUCGCCAAUGUGGCUCUUUUGUGCAACACUUUCAGAGAGCUCAGUCCAUUCAUUCAGGCGCCU